CCUUCGAACCCCUUCCCCCCGAUCAGAAAAUUUCUUUUUCCCGGGAUUAGGGUUAGAGAUUUGCUUGUUCUCCCUCCCCCUGUAACGACCGCAGAAUCUGACCCAUUCCAUACCUGUCGAUCAUGUCGAAAAAGAUCACCUUGAAGAGCUCCGAUGGCGAGCCUUUUGAAGUUGACGAGGCCGUGGCGCUUGAGUCUCAGACCAUCAAACACAUGAUCGAGGAUGAUUGUGCUGACAGUGGAAUCCCCCUUCCAAAUGUGACCAGCAAGAUCUUGGCUAAGGUCAUCGAAUACUGCAAGAAGCACGUCGAUGUUGCCAAUUCUGAGGAGAAAAUUACUGAAGGGCAACUUAGGGAUUGGGAUGCUGAUUUCGUCAGGGUUGACCAGGCCACACUCUUCGAUCUCAUCCUGGCUGCAAAUUACUUGAACAUCAAGAGCCUGCUGGACCUUACAUGCCAGACUGUAGCGGACAUGAUCAAGGGAAAGACUCCUGAGGAAAUUCGCAAGACCUUUAAUAUUAAGAAUGACUUUACUCCGGAGGAGGAGGAGGAAGUUCGGCGUGAAAACCAAUGGGCAUUUGAAUGAGAUAUCAUGUAUUGAGCAUUCUGAAGUUUCAAUAACUUGCUAUGUCGGUUUAUGUGAUAUACUUGGUAUAUUUUGCUGAAUCUAUGUAUCUGGUGACUAUUAUCUCGUCUCAGACAUGUCUUUCUUCUUGAA